AUGCCAACCGUGAAACGACACAAGGGCAGCGGCGCCGCCAAAGCGCAGCAACAGAGCGAACCCAAGCCCAAGUCUACCGAUGGCCGGCCGACCCCAGCGGAGGUAGAGGAAGAGGAACAUCAGUUCGUUCAACUUGCGCGAAAGCAUUGGUUGAAGUCCGGCAAGAAGCCUGCAAAGCCGAAGGUCAAGAACGAUGUUCUGAAGCAGCAUAUCUGGGAUGUACUCGAACGCGAGGGCUUCCAGUACAAGCCUCUCUUGCUUCUUGAGAGUCUGCAGGCUCUAGAAAGCUAUUUGUGGCCUGGCUACAAUGAAGAAGCUUCCAAUUUUCACGUUUUGUUGAUUGCGCUCAUCACAAAUGUCAAGCACCGGGAGCAUCUUGCGACAUGGACGCUUUUCGAGGAUCGACCCGCCGAGUUUUCUUCCCUCUUUCGCCGACUCUUGUCCAUGAUGAUCGAUCGAACACUAUCUGUUACCCUUCGAACGCAACUUCUGUGUUUCUUCAUCUAUGCAUUCCAGAGUCUCGAUUGCACUCUUAUCCGAAAGGAAUGCGCCCCUCUUGUGUCGAUUGGGAUCUGGCACAACUUGUCGACCGAACAGUCUCGUGAAGCUAGCCUCGAGCAACUUCCUCAUCUACGAAAGGCCUGGAAGGCUGCGCACAAGCGAUACGACGCGGCUGAUGAGCAAAACAAGGCGCGACUACGUUUUGAACGGUCCUGGCUUUAUACACUCCUUCUUGACUUCCUAGGUCUGCUUUACACGCAAAAUAGUAAAGCAGACCAAGUGUUGUACUGCGAGCGGUUCACCGAGUUUCUCACUGAUCUCCAAAGCCAACUUCCGACAAGGCGCUAUGUCAAUGCCUUGGUCCAGGAUCUACACAUAAUACCUGCUGCAAGAUUAUCACCAAUGUUUAAUGAUGAGGAGAAUACACUGAUUCGCGACCUACAAGCUCUCCUAUCUCAUUUCACUUUCUUCGACAUCAAUAAUCAGACAGGUGCUCAAUACAGCAUAAAAGAGGCAUAUGACAAGCAUUGCGAAUCGCUUGCAAAAUUGCAACGCACUGCCUUGAAACAUUUCCGAGAAAAGUUGACUGUCUUAGCCUUGUCCAACUAUGGCGCUGUUGACCAGAGGCAAGAAUUGGAGGCCUUGCUCCAGCCCUUGACAGACGAAGAGCUUAUGGAGCUGGUUUCGCUGCUAGGUUUCCGAACAGUAUACCCUGACAGCCUCAGCCUCCCCAUUGACCGCAAGCUGCUAUUAGAAGUUGUCCUGUCCAACUUUGAGCGCAGGAAAACGUUCCAAGAGGCUGCUCGACAUAUGAGUCUGGCGCCAACAGAAGAGACUUUGUUUGACAGCAGCUUUCAACAAGCCGAGUCUUACGACGGAUCGCAUCCUAUGGCUCUGCCUAAACUCAAUCUGCAAUAUCUCUCCGUGGGCGACUUUCUGUGGCGAGCUCUUGUCCUUUACCGAUGCGAGUCUUUCUACGGAGUUCGUAAAGAUAUCGAGACUGCCCUACGGCGCUUACGUCCUGAGUCGAAGCGAUCAGAUGAAACCAAUUUCGCGGGGUUUUCAAAGAUGGCUAUACCCAUCUCGAAACCGGCUAUUCUGGAGGUUGUGCCACCUCUGGUGGGAGACGACAAACCAUCAACGGUACGCGCUGAGGUUUCAUUCGACGUCCGGCGGCUAGGAGAAGGCGUUCGCAGAGAAUGGGACUCUCUCAGGCAAGACGAUGUUGUUUUCCUCAUUGCAGUCGAACCAUCGCCCACAAAGUCUGCCGGUAAUGGCGGAGAGAAUCUCUCCGAAUCUGAGCGACUGGGUGUGAUUACUGUACGAACGGCUGAAAUCCACCAAAUCACUGACGAUAAGGGUCGCCAGGUUCGAGAUGGAGCUGGAACUCUUGACAGCAAGCGUCGCAUCCAGCUCAAGCUCGACCCUCAAGCUUAUAGCAAAGAUGCUGAGCGGGCGGCCGCUGGGAAGCCUGAUGUGUAUGGCAAGAUCAACCUACUACUUAGACGAGGCAGGAGGGAGAACAACUUCAAGCCCGUACUAGAAUCAAUUCGGAAUUUGGUGCUAUCUGAUGUACCUCUGCCGGAAUGGCUCCAUGAGGUGUUCCUUGGUUAUGGCGACCCAGCAGGGGCUUAUUAUAAAAACCUACCAAAUCGCGAACGCAAGGUAGACUUCAGGGACACGUUUCUUGACUGGCAGCAUCUUGCUGAGAGUCUACCUGGCAAGAUCAUCGACCCGGGCGAUGAUGUUUCUGGAAGCUUUGGGCCACCGUAUGUGCUCGAAUCUGUCGAGAAACAGAUCGAACCCCCAUCUACUAAGCCUUCCAAAAAGCGACGCCGAGAUGCUGACCCUGCCCUUAUCGCUGAAAUUGAGACGUUAAAGGUGUCAAGUUACAAGCCACCCAGCAAUGGGCCAUAUCCCAUUGAUAACCCAAAGCUCAACUCAGUGCGAUUUACCCCCGCUCAGAUCGAGGCUAUCACCUCCGGCACUCAGCCUGGAUUGACCGUCAUUGUUGGUCCCCCUGGCACAGGCAAAACAGAUGUAGCCACACAGGUGAUCAACAACAUUUACCACAACUAUCCUGAGCAGAAGACGUUAUUACUCGCACAUAGUAACCAGGCCCUCAACCAACUAUUUACGAAGAUCGUUGCGCUGGAUAUCGAUGAGCGACAUCUAUUGCGCCUGGGACACGGUGAAGAAGACCUUGAUACAGAAGGAAAUUUCAGCAAACAUGGUCGAGUCGAAUCUUUCCUAGAGAACCGAGACCGCUAUCUUCUCGAAGUGAGGAAGCUAGCAACCAGCCUUGGCGCACCGGGAGCCCAUGAGAAUUCGGCCGAGACGGCUGGAUAUUUUAACAACGUUUAUGUUGUUCCUGCAUGGAAUAGGUUUCAACUAGUCGCCAGUGACAAUGCUUCUACCGUUUCUGAUAUUGUGGAAGCCUUCCCAUUCCACGCAUAUUUUUCUGAUGCCCCCCAGCCUCUCUUCUCCCCCGAGGGAGACAAAGAACAGGCUCUAGAGGUAGCCAAGGGUUGCUAUCGUCACAUUUCCAAGAUAUUCUUAGAGUUGGCCGAUGCACUUCCUUUCGAGAUCCUUCGACGAGACCGCGACAAGGCAAAUUACCUUUUAACCAGCGAGGCUCGUAUCAUUGCAAUGACAACAACACACGCCGCUAUUAGAAGAGGUGAGAUUGCAUCGCUGGGCUUCCAGUAUGACAACGUGGUGAUGGAGGAGGCUGCUCAAGUAACCGAAAUCGAGACAUUCUUGCCUUUGGCUAUGCAGAAACCUCGUAACGGCAAGAUGGGCCUUCAAAGAGUUGUUCUAUGUGGAGACCACUUCCAAAACUCCCCAGUCAUCCAGAGCUUGGCGUUCCGUCACUACGCCAACCUUGAACAAUCACUGUUCUCGAGACUGGUCAGACUAGGCGUGCCGACAGUCGUCCUCGACCAACAAGGACGUGCCCGUGCAUCGAUAGCGAGCCUUUACCAAUGGCGUUACCCCAAGCUCGAUAACCUCCCCACCGUGCAGACAAGUCCCGAAUUUAUCAAGGCCAACGCUGGAUUUAAGUACGACUAUCAGUUUAUCAAUGUGCCUGACUACAAGGGUCAGGGCGAGGCUGAACCUACGCCUCACUUCAUUCAGAAUCUAGGAGAAGCCGAGUACGUAGUUGCGAUCUUCCAAUACAUGCGUCUCCUCGGAUAUCCCGCCGAGAAGAUCACCAUUCUCACAACUUAUGCUGGCCAGCGAGCUCUCGUAAAGGAUGUGUUGUCUCACAGAUGCGGCCGAAAUUCAGUUUUUGGCCUGCCAAAGGCGGUAGCUACGGUUGACAAAUAUCAGGGCGAGCAGAACGAUUAUAUCAUUCUGUCACUUACCCGAACAUCGCGUGUGGGUUAUCUACGCGAUGUGCGACGCAUGACGGUAGCUCUGUCCCGAGCACGACUUGGACUGUACAUCCUUGGUCGCCGUGAGGUCUUUGAGGCCUGCCCUGAACUCCGACCCGCUUUUGACUUGUUACUGCAGAGGCCAGACAAGCUUAUGCUUGUAACAGGGGAGCUUUGGCCUACACCAAGGGAAGUUACAGAGGAGCCCGGCGCAGUCGAAGGCGAGGUACCAAUGGAAGGAGUCGAGCACCUGGGCCAGUAUGUCUUCGAAAUGACCAAGACGAAAAUGAAGCAGCUUCAGGAGGAGCUAGGGGAACCCAUCAUUGAAGAGGAGUUCGAGAACGGAGAAGGAGAAUACGGUAAUGGUGAAGAGGAUGACGAAGAAGACGAUGUUGAAGCAGAUAUCUUGGAAGUUCGGGAGGGAGAGUGA